AUGUUUUUUUAAUUUGUAUAUUAUAUUAUUUAUUUAAACGUGUUAAUUAAAAUGAGUGACGACAGAAAACGCUUAUGUGGUAGUGCUUUUAAAAAAGUGGCUAAAUUAAAAUUAGUAAAAGAACAAAAAUUUAUUUCUCAAACUACAAAAUUAACUUCAUAUUUUGGCAAUCAACGAACAUCAAUCUACAAUCCGCCAAGUGAGAUAGAGACUACAUCUGAACAGAUUUCAAAUCAGUCAAGUGAUAAAAAUUCUGAUCCAGCUCUUUGGUCUAUUAAUGAAGAUUUAAUUAAUUAUAUAUACUUUCAUAGUUUUACCCAAGAUUUAUCAAUAAUUGACUUUUCUAAAUAUAAGAGAAGCUAUUCUAGAACUGUAAAAGGAAUAAAAAAAAUGGUCAACAGGUAUUGUAAAAUUAGUUAUUUUCAAAAAACUUUAAAAAAUGGAAAGAAAUUUCACAGAGAAUUUUUAAUGUAUUCUGAAACUAAAGGAUUUCUCUUUUGUUAUCCAUGUCUUUUAUUUUCCUGUAAAUCUCCAUUUGGUUCGACUGGAUUUUCUCUCUGGAAAAAAGUAGUUAAAAAAAUAAAGGAACAUUUAAAUUCUUCAACUCAUCCGUCUAAUAUUUUGAAAAUGAAACAACGCGGGUUGACUCUUAAUCGCAUUGAUAGUGGACUUGCUAAUCAGAUCGAGAGAGAACGACUUUAUUGUAUUGAAAUUUUGAAGAGAGUUGAUGCAGUAGUAAAAAAGUUGGCAUAAAGACGAUUAGUAUUUCAAAGGGAUACAUCAAAAAUUGGUUUUAAAAACAAUGGCAACUUUUUAAUAGCUAUUGAUAUAUUGACUUUGACCUUUUUAUGGCUAAACAUCUCAAACAAUAUGGAAAUUAUGAUAAAGAUUUUACACCUUAUUUAUCUUGUAAUAUAUAUAAAGAGAUAAUAAAAAUUAUAACUGAAAAAGUUUUGUCAACAAUUAUUUAAGAAAUAAAUGAUGCUCAUUAUUUCUCAUUAGUGUUGAUUCAACUCCUAAUAUAUCACACAUUGAUCAAUUAUCACUAUGUAUUCUCUAUGUUAAUAAAGAUGGAAGUCUUGUUGAGCGUUUUAUGGAUAAUGUUGAACAUAAAGCUGAAAAUAUGACAGUAUUGAAAACUUAUAAACUGAAUAUUGCAAACCUUAGAGGUCAAUCAUAUGAUAAUGGUAGUAAUAUGGCAGGUGCAUAUUCUGGAUAUGAAACAAGAAUAAAAACAGUAAAUCCUAUGGCAAAAUUUGUUCCAUGUGCAGCACACUCUUUGAACUCGGUCGGUAUGAAUUCUGUGAGCUGUUGUACUAAAGCAGUCAAAUUUUUCAAUUUGCUUCAAAAUAUGUAUAAUUUUUUUUCUGCUUCAACACACCGGUGAGAAAUUCUGAAUGCUUCUGUGAAAUCUCUUUCAUAUACCAGGUGGUCAGCUAGAGAAGACGCCUGUAAAUCUUUAAAUGAAAAUUAUAGUUCAAUUAUGAAUGCCUUAGAUGUAAUUGAAUAUGAUGCAAACCUAAUACUCGGUUUGUGGCUAAAGGCAUAAAAGAAAAACUGGUUACUUUAGAAAUAGGAUUUUUAUCAAUAUUUUAGGGUAAUAUUUUAUGAAGGUUCAAUACAGUUAGUAAAAAGCUGCAGUGUGUGAAUGUUGAUUUAGGUAUUGUGGUGGAACUGUAUAACUCAUUAAUUACUUAUGUAAUAGAUUUUAGAUCUGACAAGACUUAUGAACACUUAAAAUCUCUAGCAAUUAAAAAAAGUAAUGUAAAACAUUUCAAAAAUGACCAAAAACGUUUAAAAAAGAGAAAAACAUUCCAUGAUGAAGGACCAGCUGAAGAUAUUACUUAGACAAAACCAAAAUCUUUUAAAGUUGACACUUAUUUUGUCAUGUUAGACAAAAUUAAAGCUGAAUUUGAAAAAAGAAAAGAAUCAUAGGAUCUUCUUCUUGAAAACUAAACAUUUUUUUUGAGGUUAACAACUAUUUCAGUAUCUAAUGUAUUUAAAAAUGUUACAAAACUACAAAAAGAAUUUGAUAUUGAUUUAAAACCUUCAUUUACAAAUGAAUGUUUGCAUUUUAGAAGACAUAUAAAAAGCCUUUCUGAUGGUAUACCGAAGACAUUUUACGAGAUUUGUAUAUAUGUAAGACAGAAAAACUUAAAAAGCAUUUACCCUUAUAUGGACAUAACUUUGAGAAUGUUGUUAUGUAUGUACACUUAUAAGCAAUUGUUCAACGGAGAGAUUAUUUUCUACUCUAAUCAUAUCUAAGAUCUUGUUCGUCUAAGGAUCAACUUAAUAGUUUGGCACUUUUGUCAAUUGAAGGUAAUUUAACAUCCAACAUAAAUUAUGAUGAUAUCACUAAAAACUUUUCAAAUAUAAAAAGUAGAAAAGAAUUUUAA